AUGAAGGAAACUGCUGAGGGCUACCUUGGCAAGAAGGUCACUCACGCCGUUGUUACCGUUCCCGCCUACUUCAACGACAACCAGCGCCAGGCCACCAAGGAUGCCGGUAUGAUUGCCGGUCUCAACGUCCUCCGCAUUGUCAACGAGCCUACCGCCGCGGCUAUCGCCUACGGUCUUGAUAAGACUGGCGAGGAGCGUCAGAUCAUCGUCUACGACUUGGGUGGUGGCACUUUCGAUGUCUCCCUUCUUUCCAUCGAGCAGGGUGUUUUCGAGGUUUUGUCUACCGCUGGUGACACCCAUCUUGGUGGUGAGGAUUUCGAUCAGCGCAUCAUCAACCACUUCGCCAAGCUCUUCAACAAGAAGCACGGUGUCGACGUUACCAAGGAUGCCAAGGCCAUGGGCAAGCUCAAGCGUGAGGCCGAGAAGGCUAAGCGUACCCUUUCCAGCCAGAUGUCCACUCGUAUUGAAAUCGAGGCCUUCUACGAUGGCAAGGAUUUCUCCGAGACUCUGACUCGCGCCAAGUUCGAGGAGCUCAACAACGACCUCUUCAAGAAGACCCUCAAGCCUGUUGAGCAGGUCCUCAAGGAUGCCAAGGUCUCUAAGUCCGAGAUUGACGAUAUCGUCCUUGUCGGUGGUUCCACCCGUAUUCCCAAGGUCCAGGCUCUUAUCGAGGAGUUUUUCAACGGCAAGAAGGCUUCCAAGGGUAUCAACCCUGACGAGGCCGUCGCUUUCGGUGCUGCCGUCCAGGCUGGUGUUCUUAGCGGUGAGGAGGGUACUGAGGACAUCGUCCUUAUGGAUGUCAACCCCCUUACUCUCGGUAUUGAGACCACUGGUGGUGUCAUGACCAAGCUCAUCCCCCGUAACACCCCCAUCCCUACCCGCAAGAGUCAGAUUUUCUCUACUGCCGCCGAUAACCAGCCCGUCGUCCUUAUCCAGGUCUACGAGGGUGAGCGUUCCAUGACCAAGGACAACAACCUCCUUGGCAAGUUCGAGCUUACCGGCAUUCCCCCCGCUCCCCGUGGCGUUCCCCAGAUCGAGGUCUCCUUCGAGCUCGAUGCCAACGGUAUCCUCAAGGUCUCUGCCCACGACAAGGGCACUGGCAAGGCCGAGUCCAUUACCAUCACCAACGAUAAGGGCCGUCUUACCCAGGAGGAGAUCGACCGCAUGGUCGCUGAGGCCGAGAAGUAUGCCGAGGAGGACAAGGCCACCCGUGAGCGCAUUGAAGCUCGCAACGGUCUUGAGAACUACGCUUUCUCCCUGAAGAACCAGGUCAACGAUGAGGAUGGUCUUGGUGGCAAGAUUGACGAGGAGGACAAGGAGACCAUCCUUGACGCCGUUAAGGAGGCCCAAGACUGGCUUGAGGAGAAUGCCGCCACUGCUUCCGCCGAGGAUUUCGAUGAGCAGAAGGAGAAGCUCUCCAACGUGGCCUACCCCAUCACCAGCAAGCUUUACAGCCAAGGUGGCGCUGGUGAUGACGAGCCUGCUGGCCAUGACGAGCUUUAAAUGAAGAUAAUCUAGAUCCCCCUGCCUUUUCAGUUUUUGGUUGACGCUCAAAAAGAAGUGCGUCGUUUAUGGUUGGUUGGGUUGCAUAUUUUACCUGGUGUUUGGCCGGUGAAAUGGUUCGAUUGGGAGUUCAAGUCCUCAUGAGUGCCAGAUCUAUUGCACAAAUGGACAUGGUUCAGUUAGAAGAGCGUUUGCCAUUUGUUUGUAAAAUAUGAAUAUGACCUUAUUGACCAAA